AUGGCAAAGUGUGCCUUCCAGGAGCGCGUUCUGCACCUUGGCAACACCAAGCUGGAAGCGUCGCUCGUCGAGAUCAUACCAAACAGCUGGCUCAAGAACAGCGUCUACGCUAUCAAUGUGUACUGCUCUCCUAGGGACAACUGCCAGACCUUCUACAGCCUAACGACCAAGGCGUCGUCCAAGGCGAGAGAGACACCGCUCGUUAUGGCUGGUGAUUUCAACGCACCGCACGAAGCCUGGGGCUACGUGAGAAGCAUUACCAAAGGCUGCAUACUCAUGCAGGCAGUAACUGACAGCUCCCUAGAACUGAUCACCGACCCCCAUUACCCCACGCGCAUGGGAAACUCGAUAUCGAGAGACACCACCCCGGACCUGGCCUUCGCCAAGAACGCGCCGAGAGCGGAGUGGCAUAAAUUACAAAACAACCUAGGCAGUGACCACUACAUCGUGGAAAUCUCCCUCCCGGUAUGCGCGGCCCCGCAGAGGGCCUUCAAAAUAGUGGACUGGGACGCUUUCCGCAAGAGAAGGAAGGACGACCACGAAGAAUACGAGACCUUCGCGGACCUCGUAGCGAAGCUCAAGAAGUCAAGCUGCAGUCGAGCUGCAGUCACCAAGACCGUCGAAACGGACCUCAAGCUCGACCGCAUGGACGCUCGAUUGGCGCACCUGGUCGAAGCCAAGAAUUCUCUCACGAGGAUCGCGGCCCUCAACCGCGAGAUCGAAUCGUACUGCAAGGAGCUCGGCCAGCAGCAAUGGAACGAAGUCUGUGCGUCGGUCGACGGACAGAUGUGCGCGGGAGGCAAGUGGAACCUCCUCAAGCAGUUAGUGGACGACACGCAGUCCAAGAGAAACUACACUCUGGCCAUCGACAGGCUGGUUCACAAGCUCACUAGCGAAGGCGCAUCUACGAACGAAGUGAUGGACGACGUCGCGCGUCGCUACCUCCCCAUCGGGCAGUCCGGGCCGGAAGAUUACCCGGCCUACGGCGGCAAAGCGGACGAGGACCUCGACGCCCCCUUCUCUGUCUCGGAAGUCAGAGUGGCCCUUCAAGGCCUCAAUGGAAGAUCGGCUCCCGGGCCGGAUGGAAUUUCGAACAGGCUCCUUCGAAAUCUGGACGACGGCUCGAUCGAACUGCUCACCAAGGAAAUCAACAAAGCCUGGGCGGCCGGAACCGUACCGGAUGCCUGGAAGGAAGCCACAGUGGCGGAGCAUGUCAUCCACAACAGAAUAUCGAGGUAUGUCGAGAAACGACAGCUCCUCCCACCGUACAUGGUGGGUUUCAGACCCUCGCAGUCCCCUCAAGAGGUCAUGCUACUGAUCAAGAGGCAGAUAGUCGACGUGGUCACGACAGACGUCCGAGGCAUCUUGGCGCUGGACCUCGCGAAGGCUUUCGACACCGUCAAACACAAGCACGUCCUCGACUCUGUGUCGAGAUUGAACCUGGGCGAACGCUUUCACGCGUACGUCAGCCCUUUCCUCAGGGAUCGUAAGGCCACGAUCAACUUGGGCGAGAUCCAGUCGGACGGAUACGCGCUGGGAACCCGCGGCACGCCUCAGGCGGCGGGUCCGACGCAGCGGUGUAGCAGGCUCUGCAAGUGGCCCUGGACGUCGCGGAAGAAUUCCUCGAGGGCACGGGACUGGUCCUCUCGCCGACCAAGUCGGAGCUCCUGCUGUAUCGGCCCGACAGAAAGGACCGCAAGUUCCACACGCCGCUGGAUCAAGUACCGAUCUAUCUCAAAACGAAGACGGGUCAGCGAAUCCCGAGGGUUGAUUAUCUCAGGGUGCUCGGACUGGUCAUCAACGCUCAGGGCAACGUGCAAACGAUCGUACGACUCGUUUCACUGGUGA